UAAACAAAAAGAAAAAAUAUAUAAUUGAACAUUGUAAUAUGGUUGCUAUUAUUAAGUUACAUUUUAAGGUAAACAAUUUUUUUUCCCAUUUUGUAUAAACUGACCAACAGGUUUCCUAAAGGACGAAGAAACAGAGUGUUCUUGAGUUGGGCUUGGUGCUGCUCUUGUCCUUCUGUGUUAUAUGAUGAAAGAAUGAUGUUCAUAUGUGCAGUGGAGGAUGAUGCAGCAGAACUCUGCGGUCCUACAUCAGAAUAUGAUUUUGAUAGAUUAGGCUAAAUUAUAGAGCACACGGUGCACAGAUAAUUCCGAGUGCAUUUCAAAAUGGUUUGAGGCAAUUUUCCCACGUAGUUUUUGCUAUUGAAUCACAAGCAUUCAUGGUUAGAACACCUGUUUUGUCAGUCAGAUGUAUAUUAAACGUUGGUGUGUUCCAUUCAGAAAAAGGACCAAAAAACAUGGGCUUUACCAAUAUGGGUGACUUCAGAGACACGACUGAUGUUCAAAGCAAUAUUAUAGAAUAGAUGGGCAAGACAAAUUCAUUCUAAGACAGCACUCCACAUCAAUGAAGUAGCAUGAUACAAUCAGUGUGAACAGCAGCUCACAAUAACAAAAAGCCAAGUGUCUAUUUUGUUUGUGGAAAAAAGCGGAAAACCAUUUGGACUGAAGUUGGCAAACCCCGUAUUUUUGGAUUCAAGGCACCUUAGAUCGUCAGUGCGAGAGGCAACUCACUAUGAAGUCCAGAACAAAAAUGUCCAGACUCAUGGUGCACAUGUUUGCCUCUGUUAUUUAACAAAAAUCAACAAGACCAACUUGAUAUGACCGCUUCACAUAAAUAAUAAGUGUAAGUAAGAGAUUUGCUCAAAGAAAAACAUUUUUUACAUGGAUAGAUUAUCAGCUACAAUACAACUUUGACAAGCAUGGCUUUGGCAUUUCCUGGUUGUACAUAGACAGUGUCAACCUUGACAAGCUGCAGCCUCAGUGUAUACUGUGCAUGCAUUCUACUAAACAUCCCUCACAGGUCGUCCAUGAGUGAGUGAGAAACCACAAUUUGUUAUGCAUAGCCCACGACGGCUGUUCAUGAAUUUGGCAGCAAAAAAAGAAAGAAAGAAAGAAAGAAAGAAACAACAAAAAAAACCACUAAACAGAAAGAAAAUAGUCAGCGGGAAAACUUUUAAUGUCCGGCCAUCUGGCUGACAACUUCUGUGAUUCCUUCAUUAGCAGUUGCUCCUCUAUUUUUUUUUUAAUUAUCAUGAUUUCAUACAGUACAACUGGAUAUAGCAAACAGAGGACAAUUUAAAAGAAUAUGCAAAAAAAAAAAAAAAAAAACCCAGGGGGCUUAUUAUCAUGUAGCUCCCUGGAAUAAUCAGAACAUACACAGUUUAAAACAAUAGAAAGCAACAUUCAAAAAAGGAAAAAUGCAGUAUAUUCAGACAAAUAGAAAACAAGAAAUAGAAUUAGACUUAGUCUUACAUAGAAAAUAGCUUAACAACUGUUUCAACCUUUUUUGGAACAAAUGAGGGGAAGGAUCCCCUCUGCUAAGAUAGGGUAUGUUUCUAUUAAUGCCUACAGUAUCAAUUUAAGGGGCGGCCACUGAUAGUCGAUGCUUCUUAUCUCUAUAAUGCCUGGCUAUUGCAUAGUCCAUAUUCCCAUUUCCUAUGCAGCCUUAUGUUCUGCAAUACUCAACUUCAAAUUUCUUUUAAUCUGCCAUAGGUACAUGAGACUGCGGGGUCAUUUUAGCGCAUGUAUUAUGUGUAUUGACAUAUGGUUGAUGAAUUGAUUAAUCUUAAUGUCUCACCAGAGUGGGAGUGAGUAAAAAUUUUAGUGUUAUGAGUGUUGGAACAGCGGCUACAAUUACCACGUCUCUAAUUUCCCAUAUGUACAUGUGUCUUUUCCACAUGGCUGUCAGUUUAUAUUCCUGUCAGAUACGGGGGUGCAUCACUGAAUAGAUGAACAGUCAUCCAAAAUCCUCAGCAGCCUGGAUGUGAGCCCGAGCACUGCAAAGAUUUCACCUACAAGUUUGCAGAUGGCGUGAGACGACAGCGGUUCGGGGCAGUCACGCCAGGCUAUGACUUCAUGCUCACACUACGGGAGGGGAUAGAGGAGAUUCUGCCCAGCAAUGCCCACAGUCUAGCCGGUGACCGCCUCUAUAUCUCAAUAACGCACUCCAAAAGCGGCAAGAACCACAUUGUGUCCACCUUUACGUCGAGGGACGAGCUCAUAAAGGUGCUUUUGGCCAGUAGUUUUGUGCCUGUUUACGCUGGAAUGCAACCAGUGGAGUUCCAAGGACAGAAAUGGAUUGAUGGAGGAUUCACAGACAGUCUGCCCAUUCCACCGGUGGGACGCACCAUUACUGUAUCCCCCUUUGCUGGGCCCCAGGAUGUGUGUCCUCUGCACAGGGGGAGCUUCAACAACCACCUCAGACUGGCCAACAUGAGCGUAAUGUUUUCUGUGGAGAACAUCAUACGGCUGAACCAGGCUCUGUUCCCUCCCUCGCCCACUCGCAUGCAGUCAUUGUGUCAAGAAGGCUUCGAUGACGCAGUGAGGUUUCUGAAGAAAGAGGCUUGGAUGCAUUAAGGGGCUGGUUUCCCAGUGUAAAAAAAGAUCACAGGCAAGAGUGUGAUUUUAAUGUCGAAAUGCAUGUACAGCCAAUAAUGUAAGUCAGAGUGGAUUUUGUAGAUUUUACAGUAUUUAUUAAUUUAUUAAAGAUUUUAGGCUUUGUUUUACCAUGGAACUUGUGAUGUGACAUGCAGCCAUGUUAAAAUGAUACUUUUAAAGGUCAGAUCAGUGAUGCUGGAUCACAUUGGUCACAUUUCUUGUGCCUAAAUGCUUGAGAAUUUAAACUAUCUUUUCUGUUUUGACUUUGGCAGAGGGUAAAAAAGGCAAUAACAGUUGUAAAAAAAAAAAAAACACCAUGUUGACACACUGUGUUAGGUGGACUAAAAAAUCUGAAUAUAUACCUGCAUGUGACAAUUUGCCACCCUGAUGGCAACACAAAUAAUGUUAUGACAAGAGCAUGCUUAUGCAGUGCUUUUGUUGGAAACCUUCAAAGAUAUUUUCGGCACCCACAAGGCUGUUGUGAACAUCAGCGCGGUUGCGUCUCAGUUUGCCGAUAUCCUUAAUAUGCCUUUUAUUAGAGGAUCAAGGCCUCAGUGUGAAUGUCUAAAGAAAAACAUGAAAGAACAAGCCCAGCAUCAAUCAGAUUAAGUACCACCACAAAACAGAUUCUGGGCAUUUUCCUGUUUUAUAUGUGAUGGUGUGUGUACGUGAUGAAAAGCUCUCAUGCGUGAACAUGGACUCUCCAUCAAUUUUCCAAGGAGGCAUUUAAUUUCCCUCAGCUGGAAGCAGUGGUGAGGGGGGAAAAAAGAGGAAGGUACUUCACAGGAAGUACAUACUGCUGUCAUGGAUGUUGGAAGUCCUCUGGGACACGGAUGGAGUGCCUUCUUUGAAGUGCUGCCACAGAGAUGGACGUUUCAACUCAGCGGUUUCUCCGCUUCUGGGUUACCAUUUGAUUUCCUCCAGCGUCAGGAGACGUGAGCGGGGUUCCAGAUCAGUUUUCGGGCAGUUGAACCGGCGUGUGAGAGCUACACCUCCCCCAGGACAAAGUCGGAUCUUCUGAGGGUACAGUGCAGCGCGCUGCUCCAGCAAGGCGACUGUGCCAGGAAAGAGGGCAAAGGCAAACUGAUUAUGUUGCAGUGUCCUCACGUAGUCAAGCUAUCAAUGCUUGUGACCAGUUACAACAGAAAACAGACUUUUGUCCACACUUCACUAAAGAACUUCAGGGGGAUUUGAACUUUUUCAUGUUCUGGAAGCCCCAAGCUGACUUUCAUUAAGCACUGGACCCCCACUUGAAGCAAUAUUAACCUCAGGACUCUGAUAGGAGAAUAAAUUUUGUUGAUUCUGAAAUUGUCCAGGUGUCCCUCUUACUGUACAUAAAUUCAGAGUAGUACUCACAUAUUUGUUUGUGUCACAGCAGUGUUUAGUCAUUUAACCUGUUUGAGACCUGUGCAAA